UUUUCUGAGCACUGGUGAGAGUAUUGAGAGUGUUUCUGAAGUGCUGCAUCCAUGUUUCCCGCAGUCCCUGCGGAUGCUGUUGGGAGAGGAGCUGUCUGAGUUCCUGGCGUCCGAUGAGAGCCAGAGGAGGAUGGAGAACAGGGUUCGUCUGCUCAGGGACCUCCGCAUGGACACUCGGGCCAAGGGCCCUUGGGCUCGGAUCCUGAACGAGCAGCCCGGCUCACGCAGACUCAAAGCUGGAUCUAAGAAGGGAGGAUCGACGGGCAGGAGCGGAUGCUUCGGACACAAGAUGGACAGGAUAGGAACCAUGAGCGGAAUGGGCUGUCAACCCUCUCAUUACCAGCCUGCAAAUAAUCUCUCAUGAGCGAAUCACGGACGUCAUCGAUUUUGGACAGAACAGACUUAGUUGCUCCUCUUCUGAGGAAAAACCUAUAGGAU